AUGGCACGAACCAGAGGCACUAAGUCUUCCUCUCCGUCUAGCCAAAAGCCAGCGCCGCGCAAGGCGCCUGUGCAAGCCUCAACCUCUGAGCCUCCACGGCCGGAAGUUGUUUCGCCUCCUGUGAAGCCCACGCCAAAGAAGCGCCAGGCCAAGCCGACAUUGCAAACGCCUCCGGCGAGGCGCUAUCUUACCAGGUCAGGGGGUCGUUCCCUACAAAAACGAGCUAGAGUGGAAAGCUCGGAACCCAUCGACUUAACAGGGCAGUCCCCUGUUCCAUCUCCAGAGCCCUCUCCGGUGCCAUCUCCGGCACCGUCGAUGAAGCCUCAGGCAAGCCAGCCGCCACCUUCUGAGCCCCAAAUUCCGUCUGGAACAGCUCCUGAAGCGAUAAUCAAGCGUCCAAUGCUCACUCAGCCGCCAAUUGAAGGCAAUUUGGACUGCCGAGCUCGGCCAUUCCAUUAUGAGCUGUGUUUUGACAUAGCCGCCUUCCAGUUGCGGCCGGAGCUUAAAGGGGUCAUUCCAAUUGCUGCGCAGAUAUCGAAUGGAGCAGCUUCUGACCCCGCGAGACUUUUUCUAUCCCAGAAGAAGGUGCAUAAAAAGAAGUUGUCGCGAGCUGAUGCCAUUCCACUUUUCUUCCCGCGGCUGCUAUGUCAGAUUCUUGAGCAUCUGGGGUAUCCAUCAGAGCCUCAGUUGGAGCGCAAGAGGAUAUGUCGAGAGGUUUUUACUUUCGACAAAUGGAGCAACAUGAUAGCUUAUAGGAUGGAGCAGCCAGAGCUCCCACAGCCAGCUCAGAUACCAGCUGCUAGAAGAGCAUCUCCACGUUUUAUACCUGAGGGUAUACCUGUUGCCUCCCCUACUAUAGCCAGAGCCCCUUCAGUCUCUCCAGUUGCCCCAACUCCAUCGCAGCCCUCCACUUCAGCUGAGCCCAGGAUGGCCAUCCCUAUUUCUGAGUACAGGGAUUUAUGCCAAGCAUUGUAG